AUGCAUUCCGCCAGCACUAGCAGCGCCGCGCCCGCCAAAUCGUCCCUCUCCAACUCUAAUCCCUCAGGGCCGGUGAAGCGCUCUGCCUCUGUCGCCUCGUCCGCCCCUCAGUCGCGUCCGCCCGCUGCGCCGCUCGACGCCCUCGCCGAACAGGAUCUCUCGCCAAAGCUACACGGGAAGAGGGGCUCGGCUUCUAGAAGACGAUCAAGCGUCGCGCAUGCCGCUCUGGAAGGAGUCAACACCAUCAAAGAGGGCGUUGGAAACCUCCAUCGCUGGUCGCAGUCUACCACCUCCAGCGCAGCAUCUGUCGAGAAGCCUGCCCAGGGUAGCUUUUCUAGGCGCUUGAGCUUUACCGGCCCUUCUCCGUUUGCGAAUUUCCAUGGAUCCAAUCUGCACUCGCCGCCACGAAGAUCUCCGACUCGAACUCGAUCACCGGACGUGAGCCCUCGUGGAGGACAAGGUCGUCCCUAUUCCCCCCCGAACAUACCGCCGCCCACGACCAGUCCACCCGCCGUUCCAAUUCUUCCCGCGACCGUCUUCGACCCGCGUCCGCACUCGCCUUCGACUGCCCCGCCGUCGAACGCUGGAGGUCUGUUUACGCCGCCUGUCGCAUUCGGUGGGCCUGACUACUUCAGUUCCAGACCUCCCGUCGCGUCCAACGCCUCCCCCCGAAGGCAAAGGGCCCCGUCGCAACAGCAGGGACCGUCUGUGAGAUCGCCUCUCGGCUCGCCUGCGCCCCUCGAGAACAGGGCGUACAAGCCGAACAAGCCCCUUCAUUCCGCCUCUGCCUCCAUUUCCCAGAGGCCCAGACAAGGCUCAGUGGAUACGACGAGGUUUCGCCAAGGAUCAGUCGAUCACAGGUCAGCGAGUGCGAUAGGGAACAGGAGCAAAGAGUCUAGGGACUACAAUACUAGUCGCCGGGCGAAGGAACGGAGUGACAGCGACGCGAGCCGGAAGUCUGAAGACGAGGCGACCAGGACUCAGUCGCGGAACAAGGAGCGGGGGGAUAAGGAUAAGAAAACAAUGUUGUCAAGAGCGCUGCAGAAAGCUAACACUGCGGUGCUGCUUGACAAUGCGCAGAACUUUGAAGGCGCCAUGGAGGCGUAUGGGGAUGCGUGCAGGUUACUGCAGCAGGUUAUGAUCAGGAGUCACGGGGAGGAUGACCGAAGAAAGCUGGAAGCUAUCCGCGUAACCUAUACCAACCGGAUACAAGAACUCAAACUCCUCGACCCCUCAUGGCAGUCCGCGUCAGGGAAGACGUUGCCGGCGCGACCUCUAAGUGAACACUCACUAGGAGGCGACGCUCAGGCAGACGAGCCAGCGGAGUACGAAGAACCAAUGGUGAUAGAGACGGCUACAAUAACAAGAAUAGUAAACGACAAGUCUGUUGAGCCAGAACACCCUCAGCCCUCUUUCAAGGCGCGAGCCGGGGCUCGGGAAUCCGUUAUAUCAUCAGCUAUUCGAGAUGUCGAGAGCUCGAUGUCCCACGCGUCUGAUUCCAACUUUUUCCUACAAGCGCCGCAUGGGAAGCAGGAAAAUAAUGCGCAAGGCUCUGAGAGAGCCGACGAUGACCAAAGUUAUAUGCCGCCGCCAUUAUCACCACGAAGGACAUUAUCGCCGAACACGUCUGGCGAUCCGUAUGACGAUGAGCGCUCAAACAGCCAGGCCGGUAACCAUCAGCGCGACAACAGCCACGAGUCCAUCUCGUGGCUCGACACGAUUGACGAGUCAGGAGGCUCGUCUUGCGCCUCUUCGGUACAUUCAAUGUCUUAUGGAGGAGUGCAUCGUAGACACUUGCGUUUAGGCAGUGGUGCAACGGAGGCUGAGUUUGACGCUGCCCUUGAUGCUGCUGUCGAGGCUGCAUACGACGACCCCUUAGAUCCCUUCGACGACGAGGAUCCGAUCCGGAAGGCGGAAAUUGUGGCAGAGCACCGGAGAAACGUAGAGCUCGCAAGGGAGCGCGUUCGGGACGCAGAAAGAGAAGCGACAAUUCAAGCGGCGGUGCAGCAUGACAGGGACAUGCGACUCGGAGGCGGCAGUAUCGAUCUUGGUCCCCAGGAUGAGGAGGCUGAAGACGAAGAGCGCAUGCUGGAGGAAAUGACUAAGGAAUACAUGUUGGACGGCUUCGAUUUCGACCUGAAUUCGAAAUCUGCUCUCCCUCGCCAAUCCGAUUCGAGCGGAUUUUCUGGAACCAGCACCUGGCAUAGUUCGACCUCGUCUGCCCGCAACACCGCCGGUACCUCUUUGUCGACAGUAGCGGAGGCCCCGACCCUGCCGCCACCUAGCGGGCCGUUACCACCUGUGACGGAACAGGAAUCGCCAACAGCUGCUCCUAGGCCGCCAACAGCCGCCCACAGCGCCACGGGAUCCAUCGGCAGUUCGAGUGUUAGAAGCAGGAGACUCUCUGGUCAAAAUGCCAAACAGCUGAAGAUUGAAACCUCGGUGAACCUGCCCCCCAAGGAUACGGCACCGUUGACGCAGCCGUAUAUGCUCAAGGUCGACGAAACCCCCGAUAUGCCAAAGACGGCAGCCGCUGCUUUCAAGGUGCCGAGUGCGCCAGCUUCGCAAUCCAACCUCCGAGUCGCUUCAGCGCAGUCGGCUGGCGCGAGCCCGGCUGACAGCAUGCCAUCCAUUUCGCCGGCUACGUCGCUGAACCAAAUACUUUCGAACGAUGGCACAGCCGUUGAUCCCGGACGGUCAAUGUUCCCCGGCAAAGGUGGUAUCCAGCCUCCACAACUAAAGAAAAACAAGUCCUCUAUGAGUCUGAGGAAUCGGCAGAUGUCAAUUUCGAGCCCGGAUGGAUCUGACGGUUCCGUUGGCACUCCGCUCAGCACGACCUUCAGUACGUUUACGGGUCGUAAAGCCAGUGUUCCUCACAUCGCACCCACUCCUAGCCUUCCCACCUUUACACUGGAUGGAAUGGGCAUCCCCACGGGUGGCAUGCAUCUCUUUGAAAGCGAUAUCCAUUCUCCCCACAGUCCCGGUUCACCCAAUCCGCUAGCCAUAAACGCGCCGAUUCCAUUGGAACCUUGUCCGGAGGGCUACUUGCUGCGGCCAUUUUGGUUGAUGCGCUGCUUCUACCAGACACUCGCACAUCCUCGUGGCGGCUACCUGUCGACGAAGCUUUUCGUGCCACGGGACAUGUGGAGCGUCAAGGGCGUGAAGAUCAAGAACCUCGAGGAAAAGAUUUCCAAUUGUGACCUUCUCACUGCAGCGCUCCUCAAACUCAGCAGUGUGGAUACGUUCGACGCUGAUGCCGUACUGGAGGAAAUGCAGGCCCUUGAGGCCGUCCUUGACCAGGUCCAGACGAAUCUUGUCAAAAAGCUGGGCAGCGAGGUUGGCACCAACGGUGCAACUGCUAUGUUCAAGGACGCGCAUACCGUCGGCGUGACGUCGCCCGAUGGAUCAACCGCACCCGAGCUGCCAAGCAAGUCGGGAACGGGCAGAAGCUAUCUGACGUCGUGGAAGAAGCUGAGGUCGAAGAACUCGGGCGCGAACUUGGCCAACACCUUCACUGGCGCCAAGGACAUCUCCAAGGACUCACUGACGAUGAACACGUUGCCGAUGACGAGUCUCCCCAAUGUCCGCAUGGCCAAGCGCGAGAUCAGCCAAGUGGAUUUUACGGGCCCACAUGCGAACUACAUGAGCGCACUGGCCAAGCUGUUCGACGCGGUGCAGAUAAUAGACCAAAUUGCUCGCCAAGUCGAGGAUCCAGGCCUCAAGCACUCGUCGCCGACGCACGUGGGGCUCGAGCUCAGCACACGGCACGCGGCCGAGUUCUUUGGCUUUUACGUCUGUCGCUUCGUGCUGACGGACGUGGCCAUGAUGUUGGACAAGUUCAUUAAGCGCGGCAGCGAGUGGGUGCUGGUGUGA